CGGAGUACUUUCUAUUUGUACUCCAAGUUUUCCCCAUUUUUCCAAGUAACACUCGAUCUCAUUUUUCUCUCUCUAAAUUAUCGGCCAUUAAUUAUGAUGAUAAUGAGGGACAUUGCUGCUGCAUUCCUGGUGGUGUUCUUGGCUGUGGCAACCCCUGUUUUCGCCAAUGAUCCUGAUAUGCUCCAAGAUGUUUGUGUUGCUGAUUCUACAUCUGGAGUAAAGGUGAAUGGAUUUGCAUGCAAGAACGCAGCAAACAUAACAGCAGAAGACUUCUAUUUUGCUGGACUAUCCAAACCCGGUAUGACAAACAACACCAUGGGAGCCCUAGUAACCGGAGCCAACGUUGAAAAGAUACCGGGCCUUAACACACUCGGAGUAUCCAUGGGCCGUAUUGACUUCGCCCCGGGUGGGCUUAACCCUCCCCACACACAUCCACGGGCCACGGAAAUGGUCUUUGUAUUGUACGGAGAAUUGGACGUGGGUUUCAUAACAACUUCAAACAAGCUCAUUUCUAAACACAUUAAAGUUGGUGAAACCUUUGUUUUUCCAAGAGGGUUAGUCCAUUUUCAGAAGAAUAAUGGUAAGAUACCAGCAGCUGUAGUUACUGCCUUUAACAGUCAGUUGCCCGGGACCCAAUCGAUCGCCGCCACGUUGUUUGCCUCGACCCCACCUGUGCCAGAUCAUGUUUUAACUAUGGCUUUCCAAGUUGGGACUAAGCAAGUACAGAAGAUUAGGGCUAAACUUGCCCCUAAGAAGUAAUUAAUAAAUAAUUAGCAUUUUAUAAUAUUUUUGUGUGGUUCGGGUUAUGGUUAUUCAAUCAUGUGUAUGUACUGACUAAUAAAAAGGAGAACUGAAUUUGGCACACCAAAAAGUGAUUGACACUCACUGUGAGAGCAUAGUUUUUCGGCUCUAAUCACAUAGUGGUGUGCCUAAAAUCAGUAUUCAAUAAAAAGGUUUUUAAUUCUUAUA